AUGCUCCAGCAGAAAGGCGGCACCGACCACGACCUGUGCCAGCACCGCUCGGGCUGCGACCACAAGGGCCGGACAUGGCCCAGCUCCACCGGGCACUGCCACGACACCCCCGAGAUCUGCCCCAACCCCCCCGAAAUCUGCCCCAACCCCGGCAGCCUCAGCCACGACACGGAGGGCUCCAGCCAGAGCUGCCACCCCAGCGAGCUGUGCCCUCCCCGGCCCUCCUGCUGCCCAGCCCCGCAGAGCUGUAAGCCCCGGCGGCGGGUGGAGGUGAGCCCGGUGCCCCCCGUGUGCCCCCCGCCCGUGAAGAUCCACCGCCGGCCGCUGGAGCAGCACCGCCCGUGCCCGCCGUGCCCGGAGCCCGACUCGUGCGGGAAGCCCCGCAGGCGAGUGGAGCAGUGUCCGGAGCAGGAUGAGGAGCCCCCGGUGGUCCUGCAGCCCCUGCCGCUGCAGCAUCGCUGCCCCUGCAUCCAGCGCUGCCCCCGGCCCGUGCCCUGCUGCCCCCGACCCGUGCCCUGCUGCCCCCGACCCGUGCCCUGCUGCCCCCGGCCCGCCCAGCGCUGCUGCCCACCCGUUGUCCCCCUGCCACCUCACCCCGGCCACCAGCAGCAGAAGCAGGUCACUCUGGUGCCUCUCUGCGUGAAGAACUGA